AUGAAAUUGAUAAAUCACAUCUACAAAUUCAAACAAAAAGUUGUAAAUAGGUUUGGGGAGUUUCAUAAAGGUAGAUAUAGUUGGAGGCUAAAAGAAUGGUUUCACCUCCAAGCUAUACUUUACUUAGUAUACAGUAUUGGUUCUUAUAUAUUUGCUAAAUUAGUAGCUAAUUCUGAUCCAAAAAAUCCAAACUAUGAUCACUUUGUACAGGAUCCAGACAAUAUAACUAGUAUAUUUCAAUGUAGUAUUACUCCACUCUUCAAGUUUAUCCCAAUACCUGGUUCAUAUAUUAUUACUAUUAUAAUUCUAUAUACUAUACCAGUUAUAAGUUUAAUUAUGACUACUAUAGCACUUGUUUCAGGAUUUUGUUUCGGAUAUUUCAGUAAAAUUCCAAGAAGUCACUUUUUUACACCAUCUAAAAGGACGAGGUUUCUGGGAUUUGGAUGUAAGGUUCUACCCGUAUGCUUUAAGAUAUUCAAUAUUAUACUUUUCUUACUAUUAAGUAUUCCAUUUAUUUACAUAUCUACUACUGGAGCAUGUUAUCGUAGAUUAGUUCGUUUUGAACGAAAUCAAGUAUAUAAUUGUAGAAUUUGGAUGGAUAAGUGUGCAAAAGAUACUAGAAUAUUUGGUCCACAUUUACAAUGUAGUUUGAGAAAAAAUUUUAAGCACUUCCCCUCAGAUAUAGUUGAAGAUCCUACAAUUGGUGAAAAUUCAGACAUUUUAUCAGGUGGUCCAGUUCCACUUUUAUGUCCAAUAUGCAAUGAAAUACGUAUGGACAAAAAAUCUCUUUUAUAUAAGGGUGAAGCAUAUGUUGAUCAGUUAAAAUUAAAAUUAUCUCAAUUAGAAUCUCAUAAUAUCAAAGAAAAACAAUUAAAACAAAACGAUCCACUUUCUCUGAUUCAAUUAGAAUCACACAUACUUGGUACAACAAAAGAAGAUAAUAAAAAAAUCAAUUCAAACUAUUCAAUUCAAUGUAAUUCACUACUUUAUAAAAAAGAAACUACAAAAUCUUUGUAUUUAGGUAUGAAAAAGUUUCCCUUAUUUUCAAAUCUAUCACCUUGGAUAGAAUAUACUAUGAAAGACAGAAGUAUAAAAAAUAAUAAUCAAUAUUCAAAUAUUAAGUCCAUAGUAUUUUUACAAUUACACUCUCAAACUAAUAUAAAUAAUGACAAUAAAACAAUAUUAGUUGAUACUAAAAAGCAAAAAAAACCUAUUGGUAAAACUAAAAAAUUAAAAAAGAAAGAACGAAGUGAUAUAGCAAAAGUGACUCCAAAAUCAAAAGCUUCUAUAGAAGCAAAUGAUAUUGUUUCUAUAAAAAAACCUAUACAAUUAGGCCUUGAGAAAUCAGAAAUCUUCAAGAGGGUUGAUCCCCCACUACCCAUACAAAGUCGUAAUCCUAGCCAAUUAUUAUCACUUAAAUACAAAAAUAUAAUGGAAAAAUAUGCUGCAGCUGCAGCUGCUGCAAGUGGAAAUGAAACUAGUUCUCAAGGUGAGUACGUACACAGACCUAUUUAUCCCAAAAUUUCAUCAGAUGGAGAAGAUUCAAUAAAUAGUGAUAAAUCAGAUAAAUUCAUUUCUUUUUAUCAAUUUAGUGGGGAUGGAAAACCAACCCCAUUAACAAAAGAACAAACAUUAAGAUUAAGCAGGGAAUUUGAGGCUGCACGCUAUCAGAUACAGGUAUCUACACAUGAGGGAAGUACUUUUUCAAGAUCUACAUUUAUAUUUCUUCUUACUUCGAUAAUAUUUUGGACUCUAAUAAAAUUUUCAUCAUCUGUUAUUAUUAGCUCUGCUCAAAUAGAGGGGUGCUUUUAUGUCUCAAGUUCAAAGAAUAUAAGGGGAUGGUCAAAGCUAAUGUGGAUUAUAAAUUUAUUGGGAUGAGAUAAUCUUAUGACCUUAUAUCUGUGUUAGCGAGGCGACCCAGUGGGUAGUCGAUCUGCCCGAGUGGUUAAGGGGCUUGACUAGAAAUCAAGUGCGGUCUCCGCGCACAGGUUCGAAUCCUGUGGUCGACGUUUUUGAGAUUCCUCAUUAUGUAUAUAUAUACUCUUAUAUCAGUUUAUACUAAGUAUAAAUACAGUUAAGUUCAUUUUUUAGUAAUUUAGGGAUGACAAUGAACCUAAUUACUAAAUACAUGCACUAGUAAUAAUAUAUAUGGAAGCUCUUUAAUUCUAGUAAAUGGAGUGUAUUUUCGUAUUUGAAUUUCAUAUCCAUUAUCUAAUACUAAAAUUAAACUGAACUUUUAGAUAGUAAGAGGUAGUGUGAUUUUUGAUAUAGUACUACCUUUUAACUAUAUAUUAUAUAUUUCUCUAAAAUGUAGUGUUACUCUUUUACUUUGCUAGUUUUCAU